CUGGCUGGCCAGACGAAGAGGUGGCGUGAAGGGCCGCCCGCGGAGGUACGGUACUCUAUGCUGCGCGUGUGUUGUGUGGGAUGGCCGGCGCGUGUGGUCGUGGUGGUAGUGUUGGUGGUGCGGCGGCCUUGUGCGAGAUGCUUUUCUUACUGUACUGCUGCCACCUUCUCUUCUUUCUUUGCUCGGACAUUCUCACUGCUCUUUACACUUACUCAUUUCUUGCUUCUUCUGCCUUGCUUCGUGAUACCCCCUCCUGCUGCUCCCCAUUGAGCGAGCAGGGCCCCCUUCGCCAUGAGCAACAGUGAGUGGAACGAUGCCGAGGCCAACCGCCUCCCCGAGAAGGUCGAGGAGCUCCGCCUGAAUGGCGAGCUGCCCCAGAACACCAAGCGGAAGAGGAUAGUCGUUGUGGGUUUGGGCAUGGUUGGCAUUGCCUUCAUAGAAAAACUAUUGAAGCUUGAUGUCAAGCGUCGCGAGUAUGACAUUAUUGUCAUUGGUGAGGAGCCGCAUCUGGCAUACAACCGUGUCGGCUUGACGAGCUUCUUCCAGCACCGUCAGGUCGAGAACCUGUACCUGAACCCGAAAGAAUGGUACGCGAGCAUGCCCGAUGGCUCGCUCAACUACCACAUCAACACGCUCGUCACUGAAAUCGUGCACUCCGAGAAGGUCGUCAAGACGGCUGCCGGCGACGUCGUGCCCUACGACAUCUGCGUGCUGGCCACUGGCUCCAAUGCCUUGAUCCCGGCGCACACACCCGGCUGGGAUGCCAAGGGUGUCUUCGUCUACCGCACAAUCGAUGAUUUGGAGAAGCUUAUUGAGUUCUCGGCUACCAAGAAGGGUACGACGGGUGUGGUUGUUGGUGGUGGUCUUCUGGGCCUUGAAGCCGCCAAGGCGAUGAUGGAUCUCGAGGAGUUCGGAAAGGUGAAGAUUAUCGAAAGGAGCCGCUGGCUGCUGGCAAGACAGUGCGAUGAGGAAGCGGGUACUAUGGUUGCCGAUCAAGUCAGGGACCUGGGUCUGGAUGUUCUGCUCAGCAAGCGGGUGGGCGAGAUCACUACCAACGAAAAGAAUGAGGUCACGGGCGUGAAGUACGAGGACGGCGAGGUGAUGGACUGCGCCUGCGUCUGCUUUGCGAUCGGUGUCAGGCCUCGCGACGACCUUGCACGCAAGGCCGGCAUCAAGAUCGCUGACCGCGGCGGUAUCGCCGUCGGCGACGACCUCUCUACCUCUAUCCCCGACAUCUACGCCAUCGGCGAGUGCGCAAGCUGGGAGAACCAGGUUUACGGCCUGAUUGCCCCUGGUGUGGAGAUGGCCGAUGUCCUGGCCUUCAACCUCACGCAGGCCAAGGCCCACGCACCUCGCAAGUUCAAGCGUCCCGACCUCAGUACCAAGCUCAAGUUGCUCGGCGUCGAGGUUGCAAGUUUUGGCGACUACUUCGCUGACGUCGACGGCCCGUCCAUUCCUCUCCCUCCGCGUGCUGCCGGGAAGAACGAGGAAUCCAAGAAGAAGGACGUCCUAAAGGCUCUGACGGAGGGACCGCCAGCCCCGCCAAUCAAGGCCUUGGUGUACAAAGACCCGUUCCAGCAGGUGUACAAGAAGUACCUCUUCACGCUGGAUGGCAAGUACUUGCUGGGUGGUAUGAUGAUCGGAGACACCAAGGAUUACAUCAAGUUGUUGCCAAUGGUCAAGAACCAGAAGAUGUUGGAAGUUCCUCCAAGCGAGUUCAUUGUCGGCGCACAGAAGGAGGGUGGCGAUGAUGACCUCGAGGACGAUGCACAAGUUUGCUCCUGCCACAACGUCCUCAAGGGUGACAUUGUCAAGUCAGUCAAGGACGGCACUUGCAAGAGCAUCGGCGACGUCAAGUCCUGCACCAAGGCCGGAACCGGAUGUGGUGGCUGCAUGCCCCUUGUGCAGACCAUCUUCAACAAGACCAUGGAGUCGAUGGGCCAGGAGGUCAAGAACCACCUCUGCCCUCACUUCGAGUACUCGCGUGCCGACCUGUUCCACAUAAUCUACGUCAAGAAACUCCAGAGCUUCGCCGAGGUCAUGAAGCAAUGCGGAAAGGAUCCCGAGUCCGUCGGAUGCGAGGGCUGCAAGCCUACCAUCGGUUCCAUCCUCGCCUCCCUCUUCAACAAGCACAUUGUCGACAAGGAGCGCCGUGGACUGCAGGAUACCAACGACAAGUACCUGGCCAACAUGCAGCGCAACGGCACCUUCUCCGUCGUGCCGCGCAUGGCAGGUGGUGAGGUCACUCCUGAGAAGCUCAUCAUCAUCGGCACUGUGGCCAAAAAGUACGGCUUGUACUGCAAGGUCACUGGUGCUCAGCGUCUCGACAUGUUCGGCGCCAAGAAGCAGGACCUGCCCGCCAUCUGGCAGGAGCUCAUCGACGGCGGCAUGGAGAGCGGUCACGCGUACGCCAAGUCGCUGCGCACGGUCAAGAGCUGCGUCGGCACGACAUGGUGCCGUUUCGGUAUCGGUGACAGUGUCGGCAUGGCGGUGCGCCUGGAAGAGCGCUACAAGAGUAUCCGCGGCCCGCACAAGUUCAAGGGUGGUGUGUCCGGAUGCGUGCGCGAGUGUGCCGAAGCGCAGAAUAAGGACUUUGGUCUCAUCGCCACGGAGAAGGGCUUCAACAUCUUCGUCGGAGGCAACGGUGGCGCGAAGCCUCGCCACUCGGAGCUGCUGGCCAAGGACGUGCCGCCCGAUGAUGUCGUGCCCAUCCUGGACCGCUACCUCAGCUUCUACAUCCGCACGGCAGACAAGCUUCAGCGCACGGCGCGUUGGAUUGAGAACCUGCCGGGUGGAAUCAAGUACCUGCGCGAAGUAAUACUGGAGGACAAGCUCGGCAUCUGCGCGGAUCUCGAGAAGCAGAUGGAGCAACUGGUGGGCUCGUACUUCUGCGAGUGGACCGAGGUGCUGAAGAACCCGGAGCGCAGGAAGCAGUUCACGCAGUUCGGCAACACGGAGGAGACGAUGGAGCCGGGCGUGGAGAAGAUCACGGAGCGGGCACAGCAGCGGCCGGCGUACUGGCCAGCGGACAGCGCGACGGUCGACUUCCGCAACCAGAAGUGGAGCGAGCUCGCAUGGCAGCCACUGAUCGAAGCGGCGCGGUUCGCGGACGCGCCCACAGGCGACAGCGUCGCGGUCAAGCGCGGCGAGACGCAGUUGGCCGUGUUCAAGAUCCACGGCCGCUACUACUGCACGCAGCAGAUGUGUCCGCACAAGCGGGCCUUUGCGCUCGCCGACGGCCUGAUCGGCGACGCGGCGCCCGCGGACGGCUCGACGGAGCGCAAGCUCUGGGUCAGCUGCCCGCUGCACAAGCGCAACUACGAGCUCGGCGGCAAGGACGCAGGCAAGUGCGGCAACGAUGACAGCCUGAGCAUCGCGACGUUCGAGGCCGAGGAGCGCAAGGACGGCUGGGUCUACGUCAAGCUGCCUACCGUUGAGGAGCUAGAUGCUGUCCUGGCGACUGAUAAGUGGCGCGUCAAGAAGGGCGAGGGCAAGGACCCUUUCGAGGCCCUGGAUAAGAAGUUGCCGGCUAUUGGCGCCAAGGGCCGCAAGGUUGAUGGCGCGAGCGGCUUGCCUGGUGGGAAGGGCAUGGAAGGGAAGGCGAAGGCGAUUUUGAAGGGCGAGGAGGCUGGUGGGCUGGAUUGGUAGGUACGCUGCUGCUGUUUUGUGAGGGCGGUGUUGGGGUUCGGGUUGGGCGUUUGGUGCUUGUUGGUGUAAUGGGGCUGAAUGAAUGCUUGGGUGGGUGGGUUGCUUUGAGAUGGGUUGGGCGGACUUGCAUACUUAGGCAGAAGGUUAAAUGUACAUGAUAUAGUGUAGUUGUACCGAAGACGUAUUGGCUCGCCUUCACUUACACAGUUCUUGAUCUAAGUGAUAGAUAGCUACAUCCACGGUCCACCCAUCCGUCUACUUACAAUAACUUCCUUAGUCCUCACUGCCUCUCUACUCUAUUCAGUGUACCUUAAGUAGGCAUAUACCU